AGGAUAAUUCAUAAUUGUUCCAUUAGAGAUUUUGAUUGUGAUGAAGUCCUUCCUUUUUGGAGGCAGUAAAUGACCUUAAGUAGGACAUGGAUACUGGAGAAAAACAACUCCCGUACAGGGUUCAAACUAGGUGGACUUAAUUGAAGCAUGAUUUAACAGAGAAGGGUGCAGUUGAAAUGAAUGAUUUGCUUGUGAUUAUCUUAGGAAAUUUUGAAAAAAUGUGGGAGCAAGCAUUCCUUUCAGUUGAUACUUCUCUUGCUCAGUCUUUCGUUUCUUGCAUUGUAAUAUCAUCAAGCCAAACCAGUAUUUCCUAGUUAAGAUAGUAUUAAAGUUUUCUACACACCUUUUCAGUAGCACUAUUGUUGUUUAGUGGCUUGUAUAAAUAGAUUUCAACUUACAAAAGAUGAUUGGCUCAUCAUCAUGUGCUCUUCUCCAUUUCUGUUAAUUGUGUGAGGUGAGUGAUCAUUUGGUAUCUGGGAUCUUGUUCUUUUUCCAUGAACUGCAGGUCAUCUUUACUUGACAAUUGAACAUCCCUGGGCAAAGACGGCUGGAAGAUAAAACCUUGCAUAGUAGCGUCCACAGGGAAACAGCGUUUUCUAUACAUACACUGCUGACUCUGGGGAAAGGUAGUGUGACUUUCUUAGAGGAUAAGCGUCACUUUAAAGAUAUAAUCAACAAGCUUUGUAUAAACAAUCAUGCAAAUGGGAAAACACCUGCUCUGUUACUUACUGGUAGCAGUGAUCAUGCUGUUGUACUCUGGAGUGAAAGAAAUGCGGCGAAUGCAUGGAAACCAAGGACAGUGCACAAAAAUCUGCAUUCCUGAAGGUUUAUAUGAUUUUUAAUUUAUCCAAGAGAUGCUUGUCUUUGAUACUAGACUGAGGCGGAAAGACAGAUCUCCAUGCUUUGGGUCAAGAAAGCAGCAAUUAACAC